AUGGCUCCCCGGAAACUCAACGUGCUGGUCUACAGCGGCACCGGCACGACCCUCGAAUCCGUCCGCCACGCCCUCUCCACCCUCCGCCACCUCCUCUCUCCGAACUACGCGGUCAUCCCCAUCCCCGAGGCCGCCCUCCUCAAGGAACCCUGGCAACAGACCUGCGCCCUCCUCGUCGUCCCCGGCGGCGGCGACCUCGGCUACUGCCGCGUACUCAACGGGCCCGGGAACCGCCGCAUCGCCGACUACGUCCGCAAGGGCGGGUCCUACCUCGGCUUCUGCGCCGGCGGCUACUACGGCUCCCGCAGGUGCGAGUUCGAGGUCGGCGACAAGACACUCGAGGUCAUCGGCACCCGCGAGCUCGGCUUCUACCCCGGAACCUGCAGAGGCGGCGCGUUCAAGGGGUUCGCGUAUCACAGUGAAGCGGGGGCUCGGGCGGUGAAGUUGAAGGUCGGGGAAGGGGAUGAGGUAGUCAGUUAUUAUAAUGGCGGAGGCGUCUUCGUCGAUGCUGAGAAACAUGCGGGCGUGGAGGUGCUCGCUAGCUAUGCAGAUGACAUCGACGUCGACGGCGGCGACGGCAAAGCUGCCGUGAUUUACUGCAAAGUCGGGUCCGGGAAUGUCAUCCUCACGGGCCCUCACCCAGAAUUCGCCGCCGCAAACCUGCACCCCCAACCCAAGAUCCCCUCCUACGAAUCCCUCAUCGCGACCCUCGCAGCCGCCGACGCCGCCCGCGUAUCCUUCCUCCGGACCUGCCUCGCCAAACUCGGCCUAGACCUCACCGCCGACCCCUCCGGCCCGCCGUCCCUCUCACGCCUGCACCUGACGUCGGCGAACCACACCGAGGUCGGCGAGACGUUGCACUCCUGGGAGGAGGCCAUCACGCGGACCGAGGACGGGGAGGAGUACAUCCACGGCGAGCACGACGUCUUCCGCAUCGAGAAGCACGCGACGCGUUUCGGCGUCGAGGAUCUACGGGAUGCCCUGCCGCCGGCGGGGGAUGUCGAUGAUUAUGACAAGGUCGUCAAGGUGAUUGUACCGCACGAGGAGGCCUGGCCCGACGUCAAGGAGACGCCGAGCUUCAACCACCGGCUGUUCUACAACUCGCUCAGGCAUUACAGGGAGAGGGAGCCCGCGGCGGAGGUGUGGGGUGAUAUGUUGCUGUACGGCGAGGUCGUCACCAGCACCAACACCCUCAUGGACAAAAAUAACAAGCUUCUCUCCAAACUCCCCACCGGCUUCACCCUUACGGCAUCGACUCAAGUCGCAGGCCGCGGCCGCGGCACCAACGUCUGGGUCGCUCCUCGCGGGAGUCUGAUCUUCUCAACGGUGAUAAACCACCCCGCUCACCUAGCCGCCUCCCACCCGGUCGUCUUCAUCCAGUACAUCUCCGCCAUCGCCAUCGCCGAGGCCGUGAAAUCAUACGACGACGGCUGUGGCGAUAUCCCCAUCAAGCUCAAGUGGCCGAACGACAUCUACUGCCGCGACCCCGCCUCCACCGCCGCGGACCCUUCCUACGUCAAAAUCGGCGGCAUCCUCUCCACCUGCAGCUACGCCCAGGGCGCCUACCAGUGCGUCGUGGGCAUCGGCAUCAACACCACCAACGCGCGCCCCACGACCUCCCUCAACGCCAUCGCCCCCGCGAGCCUGGUCGGCGGCUUCCACAUCGAGACCCUCCUCGCGCGCAUCCUGACGCGGAUCGAGGCCAUCUACGCGCAGUUCCGCCGCGAGGGCUUCUCGCGCGACCUCGAGGAGCGGUACUACAGGCUCUGGCUGCACUCGGAGCAAAAGGUCACGCUCGAGGCAGAGGCCGGGGCGCGGGCCAAGAUCGUGGGUAUCACGCGGGACUGGGGCCUGUUGAAGGCCGUCGAGGUCGAUCGCGACGGGAGGGAGACGGGGAGGAUGUGGGCGCUGCAGAGCGAUGAGAAUAGUUUUGAUUUCUGGAAGGGGCUGGUUAGGAGGAAGUUGUAG